AAAGUCAACAACAAAAACAACAAAAAAAGUUAUGAAACAAUUAUUGUUGGCUACAAGUGUCUGCUGGACUGUCCUAUUAUUAUGGCUAUCCAUCCAAGUCGACGGUAAGACCAUCGAAGUCGGAACAGCCAAAGAGUUAUCCGACGCACUCGAAAGUGUCAAACCGGGCGAUACCAUCAAACUGGCCGACGGUACUUAUCAUAGCAAGUUUGUAGCCGAAACUAGUGGUACAAAAUCGGCACCGAUAACACUGACCGGUUCGCGUAAGGCAGUCCUGAGCGGCUCUAACUAUGGAUUUUGGCUUAAAGCUAACCACUGGCAUCUGCGGGGGUUUACGGUGACCAACUCGAACAAAGGUAUUGUCCUGGAUGGUGGCAAUCAUAAUCUGCUGGAGGAACUGGAGGUACACAAUAUCAAACAAGAGGGCAUACAUUUUCGACUACACAGUUCCGAUAAUGUAUUGCGCAAUUCGUACAUACAUACCACUGGCACCGGUAGCCCGGGGUUUGGCGAAGGUGUCUAUAUCGGAUCGGCAGUAAGCAACUGGCCCGACGGUAAACCCGAUAAGAGUGACCGAAAUGAAGUGUCGGGUAAUCGGAUUGGUCCGGAUGUUGCGGCCGAAGAAAUUGAUAUUAAAGAAGGAUCGUGUUGUGGUAUAAUCAAAGAUAAUACAUUUGACGGCACCGGUAUGUCUGGUGAAAACUAUGCCGACAGUUGGAUUGAUGUCAAAGGAGAGGGCUAUACCAUUGAGAACAACUCCGGUGAUCAUACAUUGCUGGACGGCAUACAGAUUCAUAUAGUAAAAGAUGCCGAUAUGGGCGGGUGUGGCAACAAAAUAGUUCAUACCAGUUGCAAGCACCUGGCUAAAAAAGGUGUAUGUGUUAAUGAUACUACCAAAAAUUGUAAGGAUCCUAAUAUUAUUGAAAAAUAA